AUGAAUUCGAAUACUUGUUUGGAUUCCAAUCACAUAAUUCCAGCAUAGUUCUUUUGCAACAAUCUCUUUUGUUAUGAAGAUCGUUUGUUUUGGGAGUGUUGCAAAAAUAUUAAACAUUCUUCACAUCUAAUGAAUCCCCAUGAAUUAUCAAAAUUUAAUAAUUAUGCUGAGAAUAUUAAAAAUGAUUGUCAAGAUCUAAUCAAGCAGAUCAAUCAAGAAUUUGAAUAAUUUUUUAUCUUUGUAGAUAAAAUGAAGAAUGUGAUUGAUAAUUAUUAAUUAAAUUCCUAAAACAAUUUCAUUCCACUAAGUUCUGAACACCUAAGCAAUGCAUUGAAUUCAUUAAUUAAUUUCAAAGAAAAUCAUAUAAAUUUUAUAAAUAGAUAAAAAGAAAAUAAUCAGAUAUUAAACUAAUUUUUUGAGAGUUUGUCAGUAACUCAAACAAAUAACAAUGAAAUCAAAUAAUUUAGAUAUGAAAUUUAGAAUGGAGCUUAACUAAAUGAAAAACAUUGUUAUGCAAUGGAUUUUAAUAAGGAUGCAACAUUUUUAGCAGCAGGAUUUAUAAAUGGCAAUAUAAAGGUUUAUAACUUUAAUUCAGAAGGUUUAUAAUUAAUGUAACAAUUAAAAGAACAUUACGGUGCUAUUUAUUGCAUAGUUUUUAUGAAGAAAUCAAAUUAAUUUAUCUCAGGUGGUGCAGAUAAGAAAAUUAACAUUUGGGAAAUAAAUAAUUAUGAAAUAUGGUAAGUAAAAACAAAAUUAUAAGAAGAUCUUAAUUGGAUUUUUUGUAUAAUUACAAAUAUUAAUGAAGAUGUAAUUAUUAGUGGAAGUAAUAAUGGGUAUAUUUAAUUUUGGAAAAUUAAUGAGGGUUAAUGUUUUUAAACUUUAGACGUUCAUAAAGAUAGAGUAUUGAGUAUAAGCUUAAAUUAAUCUUAAAGUAAAUUAAUUUCUUGUGCAUGUGAUAGAAAGGUAAUAGUGAGCUUAUUUAAAAAUAAGUAAAUUUGGAUCGUUUCUUAAUCAAUUUUAUUAGAUUAUAUUCCAAGAAGAUUAUGUUUUAUCAAUGAUAAUACAUUUACUAUUCAAUGUGAUACAUAAAAAUGUCUAGAUAUUUAUGAAUUAUUAUAAAAUGAAAAAGAGUUUGAAAAAACUCAAGAAAUUGAAGUCAAAGGAGAAUAAGGUUGUUAUUUUUGUUUUCCAUAAAAAUUUAUAUCUUCAAAAUAAUUAUUAUUAAGCAAGAAUGGUAAUUAAGUUAACCUUCUUAUAAGAAAUAAAUAAAAUUAAUUUCGAUUUAAUCAUUCAAUUAAUUUUGAAACUGGUCAACUUUGGGGAACCAUAAGUGAUGAUGGGUAAUAUCUCGCAACUUGGGAUAAUAGAUCAUGUUAAAUUUAAAUUAGAAAAUUUAUUGAAUGA